AGGCAGUGGUUGCGGAUCGGGAGUGCGAGCCGCCGUUGGCAGAGAGGCAUGUGGGCUUCUGGCACCCGGGAGAACACCGAUCAGAAAAGUGUCAGUCACCAGUUCGCCUGUUCCGAUUGCACCCAGACAUGAGGCUGUUGCUGCUGCCGCCACUGCUGCUGCUGCUGCUGCUGCUGCUCGGGCUCUCCCUGUCCCCAUCCCUCCACCGCUGCCAGGUGUCGGCUGAUGCCGCUCAGCCCAGGCAAGGAGGGUGCCCGGCGCCCUGCCGGUGCGAAGAGGACGGCGUGCUGCUGCGGGUGGAUUGCUCCGAUCUGGGGCUCACAGCCAUCCCGGACAACGUCAGCCUCUUCACUUCAUACCUGGAUCUCAGCAUGAACAACAUCACUGUGCUGCCUCCGAGUGCUCUUUACAACCUCCACUUUCUCGAGGAGUUGCGUCUUGCAGGAAAUGACUUGACAUACAUCCCUAUGGGAGCUUUUGCUGGUCUUUACAACCUAAAAGUUCUUAUGUUGCAGAACAACCGGCUGAGACAGGUCCCUGACAAGGCAUUGCAGAGCUUGCAUGCUCUACAGUCGCUGCGACUGGAUGCCAACCAUAUUUCCGUUGUGCCACCAACCAGUUUCAAAGGACUUGGCUCCCUUCGACACCUCUGGCUGGAUGACAAUGCCCUGACAGAAAUUCCAGUGGAGGCUCUCUGUAGUUUACUUUGCCUACAGGCUAUGACGUUGGCCUUGAAUAAAAUUCCUUACAUCCCUGACUACGCAUUUGCAAACCUUUCCAGCUUGGUAGUUCUACAUCUCCAUAACAAUAGAAUUCACUCCCUGGGAAAGAAAUGCUUUGAUGGACUCCACAGCCUGGAAACCUUAGAUUUGAACUACAACAAUCUGGAUGAGUUUCCUAUCGCUAUAAGGGCACUGACAAACCUCAAAGAGCUGGGCUUUCACAGCAACAACAUCCAGUUGAUUCCUAAGCAAGCAUUUGUUGGUAAUCCAUCGCUGCUAACAAUCCAUUUCUACGACAACCCCAUUCAGUUUGUUGGAAAGUCUGCUUUUCAACAUCUACCCGAAUUGCGUACUCUCUCGCUUAAUGGAGCUACAGAAAUAACUGAAUUUCCGGAUCUUACUGGAACCACAAGUCUAGAAAGUCUGACACUGACAGGAGCGCAAAUAACUUCGCUUCCAAGAGCUGUUUGCAAGCAGUUGCCUAACUUGCAAUUCUUGGAUCUGUCUUAUAACUUGAUUGAGGAAUUACCAAGUUUCUUCGGCUGCCAGAAGCUUCAGAAAAUAGACCUGCAUCACAACAAAAUCUGUGAAAUUCAAGAUGACACAUUUCAGCAGCUCACUGCCCUGCGAUCACUAGAUCUUGGCUGGAACAAGAUUGCAUUUAUCCAUCAAGAUUCAUUUACUUCUUUGCCAUCCUUAAUCAAACUCGAUCUCACCUUCAAUCUGCUGUCAUCUCUUCCUGUGGCUGGUCUAAAUGGAUUGAGACAUCUAAAAAUAACAGGCAAUCAAGCUCUACAGGAUUUAGUACCAGUGGAAAAUCUUCCUAACCUGAGGGCUCUAGAAAUGCCGUACGCCUACCAGUGCUGUGCAUGUGGAUCUUGUAAAAACUCCUAUAAACGUGACAGGCAGUGGGGUAGAGCUGAGAACAGCAGUGCUGAAGAAGCUCACAAACGGGAUACUGGAAUGCUGAGCGCUCAAGAUGACCAUGACCUAGAUGAUUUCUCAGUUGAUUUUGAAGAAGAUCCUAAAGUUCAACUCUCUGUCCAGUGCACUCCAAUGCCAGGUCCCUUCAAACCCUGUGAUUACCUGUUUGGCAGCUGGAUGAUUCGUCUUGGUGUGUGGACCAUUGUAUUGCUUUCUCUUAUUUGCAAUGGCUUGGUCACCACAACUGUCUUUGGGUCUCCAGCCUUUCUAUCCCCACCAAAGCUUUUAGUGGGCCUCAUGUCAAUGGUGAACUCUCUGAUGGGUUGCUACAGCGGUAUUUUGGCAGUUGUGGAUAUGUUGACUUUGGGCAGUUUUGCAAAAUACGGAGCACGGUGGGAGAAUGGAACAGGUUGUCAAGUUGGAGGUUUCUUUGCAGUGUUUGCUUCAGAAAUGUCCAUUUUCUUGCUGACCAUUGCAGCAGUUGAACGCAGUCUCUCCACAAAAUGUGCUACAAAGCAAGGAAAAGCACUGAGCAGCAUCAAGAUAGCAGCUGUUGUCUGUGCAAUUUUGGCCUUCGUAAUAGCAAUGCUUCCACUCUUUCAUGUGGGAGAGUAUGGGAUUUCUCCCCUUUGUUUUCCAUUACCCUUCGGGGAAUCGUCCACCCUGGGCUUUCUGGUAGCUUUAGUCUUGCUGAACUCUUUCUGCUUUCUUGUAAUGACUAUAACCUACACAAAGCUUUUCUGUACUUUAGAAAAGGGAGAUUUGGACCAUCUCUGGGACUGUUCUAUGGUGAAACAUGUGGCCUGGUUGCUCUUUACUAAUUGUAUUCUAUACUGCCCAGUGGCCUUCUUGUCAUUUUCUUCCUUGCUCAACCUCACGGUUAUUAGUCCUGAGGUGAUCAAAUUGAUUCUCCUAGUGAUUCUGCCAUUGCCAGCAUGCCUAAACCCAUUGCUCUACAUGCUUUUCAAUCCACACUUCAAAGAUGAUCUUGGACUUCUCAGGAAACAUGCCAAAUUGUGGAAGAGAUCAAAACCGAGGAGCUUAGCUUCUCUCAAUUCAGAAGAUGCGGAAAAACAGUCAUGCGAUUCCACUCAAGCACUAGUAGCAAAUCCAGGCACCGACACUGCUCCUAGCACAUCCUGUGGCUCAAUGGACAAUAUCUCAGUGCCGUCCAAUUACCAAAUGAUGGAGACCUGUCAACAUUCAUCAGUGACAUUUGUGCACUGUCAUUAAAUUGCAAAGGUCAAGGAGCAACAAAACUGGUCUGCUUCAGGCAGUUUUAAGCGAACAAAAUGAUUUACUUUUCAAAUACAAACGCACAUCUACACCUGCCCCACUUCUCGCCCAAAACAUGUAAGACUCAGUGGAUGUGGCAGACAGAACAUCAUCAGUUAAAUAAACUGCCCGCAAAGUGUUUACAGACUUCAAAGUAAAAUGUAAUACAUUUAUUUCUCAUUCGUGGCAGUUACCUUAACUGGACUGACGUACUGUUCAUUAUAGCCCAAACUGUGCAAUUCAAUAGAGUAAAUUCAUUUAAUCUUAUUUCAAAGAAAAUGCAAAUUUAUUCUGAUUAUGUCUGAUAGCACUGCCCGGACUGCUUCAUGUGGUACAUCACUGCUCAUGAACUCAAUACAAAAGUAGCACAAUCUUUCUGAGCUCAUACUUGUAUUUGGUCUUGAAGUAUAAGGACUACUUUCAAUAAAUUGCAUUUAGAAGCCUUGUGGCUACAAUUCAACUGCAAUGCGUCAGUUGAUAUGAUGCAUGUAUCUACUACUUAAUUUGCAACAAGACUUUGUCUUUAUAGAGUGUGUCAUGCAAUAAUUGCUAAAAUUAGCAACUUUGUUUUUUAAUCAAGGGGAUUCCAUGAUAAACCCCCACAAUGGCAUUCUAUUGAUAUGUUACAAGAAAUGAUUUCCUAAGCUUAUUGACAUAUUUACACCUCUGCAUGUAUGAGACAUGAAGAAUGACUGCCUUCAUACUCCUUAGAACUUUAUAUGCCAGUUAAAUGUUUGUGUGUUUGAGAGAGCCUCUUUGCCCACAGUUUCUUGUGUGGAGUGUGUUCAAAAAGCACCUCCACUCCCUCCCUCAGUGUGUGUUUAUACAUCACCUGUACCACUGGGUGAAAUGCAGGUAGCAGCGAGAAUAUCCUCAGGAUAUGUCUAUGGGGUGUUCACUUUCACAGAAAAUUGAUAAUGUACCGGAGUUACUCACAAUUUAUGUGGGCAUACAUGAAUUUUACAUUUGUGAUUUAAAUGAGUCAAUAUCUAUGAUAAAUUUGAGCCGCAUUUCUGGAUGACAAAGUGUAAUGUGAUUUUCUUUUCCAAUUUUAUUUCCUUAAGGAAGUGACUCACAACAGCACUCCUCCACUCUCUUGUCCAUGUUGGGUGUUCUUUAUGUUUGAGUGUGGUAGUGAAUGCUAGCAGGUUAUUUGACUAAGGGUCAAUACAACUGGCCCUGACCUAUGCUACACCACAUACACAUGUGUAUCCAGGAGGAGCAACAGGUUAGCUCGGAAUCCCAAUCUGUGUCCCAACUCCAUGCAAGUCAAUUCUGUUUGAUCACCACAAUGGUUAAAUUUAGCAACACAAAUGAUGAAGCAUGGGAUCAUCCAGAUCUAUAUGGUUCUGAAUGGUACACCCACCAGUCAACUACUGAGUGACAGUGUGUUAUUUGAUUUUACAUGUUUCUCUGUAACUUCACUGCUUGAUUUUUUUUGCCAGUUCCACAACUUCAUGCAAAAAAGAACGACCAAAAGGCCCCAAAUCACAAACAAUGUAAUGAUUCUUACAUUUACCAAAAUUAUGUACAAUUUAUGUGAUUUAUUUUGUUGAGAGCUGUAUCUUUAGAAAAGAGAACUGCACUUUUUCCAAAGUUAAGUUUAAGUAGUUUAGCAACAGUUAUAGUAAAACCUUUUUUUUACAAUGUGUACGGAAAUUAGUUUUAAAGCACUGUGUAAGCAUACUCCAAAAAGACUUUAAUUUGUGGAUCAAAAUCAAUGUCUCCUACAAGAGCCAGUCAGAGACGGAAAAGAUAAAAUAAAUUCAGAAGUGCUUUAGAAGUGAUCAAAUAUGCACAAGCUAUUCUAACUGUUGAAUUUCGUUUUUUAAAACCAGAUGUCUAUAAAAUAUAUGUACAUUUAUGAAAAUAAAAGAAAUGUAUUUAUUUCUGUUAUAAGAAUGGUAUCAUCUACCACUUUUGCAUCCAUAUGGGAUAUUCUUGUGUAAUGCUUCACUGGGAAGGAUUGAAUCCUAAAUUCAACCCCAUCCCGCAAUCCGGUUGAAUAUACAAUUUUCUGUGCGUUUUAAGGUAAUGUACUGAGCAAAAAAUGUAUCACAUGAAGUCAACAUUUCUUGGCUGUAUAUAAUGUAUGUAAACAUUUAGCUGUAAAUAGUUUGGCUACUGGAGUUUUUAUUUCAGAGAGAAAAACAAGAACAUGUUAAAAUAAAUACU